AUGUCUAUCAAGUCGUCCAAGCUCUCUGACGGAACUCAAAUCCCCUGGAUCGCGUUUGGUUCUGGAACAGCGUUCGUCAGAAAAGAGUGUAAGGAUGCUGUUGGACUUGCCUUAUUCAUGGGAAUGACGCAUAUUGACACUGCCGAAAGGUAUCAGAAUGAGGAAAGCGUCGGCAGUGCCAUUGCUUCAUCUGGUAUCCAGCGUCCCGACCUGUACAUAACCACAAAGCUCGCUGUUAUUCCAUCAGGACAAACAGUAGAAGACUGCCUACGCCAAAGCCUGAAGAAACUUCAACUCGACUAUGUUGAUUUGUACCUUAUUCAUGCGCCCGUGUGGCAUCUUGAUCGUGAUGGCGGCCUGAAACAGGUCUGGCAUGAGAUGGUCGAGGUGAAGAAGAAGGGACUCACACGGAGUAUUGGAGUAAGCAACUUCAAUAUCAAGUACCUCGAAGAUAUCAUCGAGCUUGGACUCGAGAGGCCCACCGUUAAUCAGAUUGAGUAUCAUGUAUUCAAUUGCUUACGUCUCGAACCACUACUUGUCUAUUCCCGAAAGCACGAUAUCAUAACGGAAGCUUGGGGCAGUCUCACUCCACUCCUUCCCGACCGCAUCAAAGACAACAAGCAACUUGCUGACGCUUGUAUCAAGAUCAAGUCCAUAAUUGACGAGAUCGCCAAGAAACGCGGGGACUCUGAAUAUCUCGAGUCCGAGCAGGUUAAGGAUUUGACGCCCGAGGAGAUGGAAGCAAUUGAUAACUCUGCUGGAAUACAUUAUCGUGUUUUGAAUAUCGCAACUUGGAUGGACGAUAUAUAG